CAAAUAUCUUGUUCUUUUUCCCUCUUUUCAGUCUCAGUCUCCACUUUCUGAGAAGAGGGCCAAAUUAGAGUUAGAUUAUUAGGGUUUAACCGUUCCUCCCCUUCCUUUUCACCAUAAUCAACAUCAACCUCUUCCAAAUCCCAAUGGAUCCGACCAAGAAGCGCAAGCUCGACGAGAACGGCUUCAUCAACAACGACUCCUCCGAGCCCCUCAAGCUCUCCCCCUCCGACGCCCGCAAGCUCAUCGAGCGCUUCACCACUGACCAGCUCCUCGACAUCCUCCAGGACACGGUGGCGCGCCACCCCGACGUCCUCGCAGCCGUGCGCGCUGUCUCAGACCCCGACGUCUCCCAGCGUAAGCUCUUCAUCCGCGGCCUCGGCUGGGACACCACCACCGACGGCCUCCGCUCCCUCUUCUCCACCUACGGCGACCUCGAGGAGGCCGUCGUCAUACUCGACAAGGCCACCGGCAAGUCUAAGGGCUACGGCUUCGUCACCUUCCGCCACGUUGACGGCGCGCUCCUCGCCCUCCGCGAGCCCAGCAAGCGCAUCGACGGCCGCGUCACCGUCACGCAGCUCGCCGCCGCCGGAAACUCUGCGUUGAACGCCAACGCCGUCGACGUGGCUCUCCGUAAGAUCUACGUCGCCAACGUGCCGCCAGACCUCCCCGCGGACAAGCUUCUUGCACACUUCUCCGUCUACGGUGAAAUCGAAGAAGGACCGUUAGGGUUUGAUAAACAGACUGGAAAAUCGAAAGGGUUUGCUUUGUUUGUUUACAAGUCUCCAGAGGGGGCAAAGGCUGCGUUGAUAGAUCCAAUGAAGACUGUGGAAGGGAGGCAGUUGAGUUGUAAGUUGGCGAUUACUGAUGGGAAGCAAGGGAAGCGGUCCGGGCCGGACUCGGGCCAGGCCCAUCAUGGGAAUGUUCAGCACGGGCAUGGGGAUGGUGUGGGAGCAGGAAUGGGGAUACCUCCGAAUUCGGGGUCGGGGUCGGGGCCCGGGCAGUAUGGUGGGCCCGGGCAUUACGGGCCUACGGUUGGGAUGGGCUCUUAUGGUGGUUUUGGUGGGCAGCCACCGAUGGGCAAUAAUAACCAUCCUCUGAAUUCGUCGAAUCCGGUACCAGGUUCUAUGGCAGGUGCUGGUGGCUAUGGUGGUGGGAUGGGUGGGCCAUAUGGUGGAUACGGUGGUGGGCCGGGAUCAACGGGCUUUGCUGGUGCUGGUGGGAUGGGAGCAGGAGGUGGAGGUGUUGGGGGCGGCGGGCUUGGUGGUGCUGGCGGUGGUUCUAUGUAUAGAUUGCCAGGCUCGGGUGGAAUGCCUGCUGGUGGUGGAGGUUAUCCGGAUAGUGGACACUAUGGUUUAUCAGCUUCAUCUGGGUACCAGAAUCAGCACCACCCUCCUUCUGGGGCUUCACCUGUGCCUAGGGUUCCGCCCAUGUAUCCCAACGUGCCCCCUUACUACUGAAGAGGGUUUAGUUUGUUUUGCUGGUUGAUGACGAAGGCCUUUGCAUCAUCUUCAGUGUUUUGGCAUAAGAUUGUUGAUUGCUAAUGUGGAGACUGGAUGAGAAACAUACUGUGUCUAACACUCUUUACUUGAGCCCAGCAUUAUGUUUAUAACGAUAAAGAAAGCUUGAGAGAUUGAUGAACAUCUUCGCUUCCUUCCGCUUAUUGUACACAAAUCCUUUUAGUGUUUAGGGUUUGAAAAUAAAUGCAUUCUUAAAUCUAACGAGAUGAUGAAAUUGAAAGGGCAACCUGGUGCUUUUAAACUCUUGCCUUGACAUGAUCCAAGUGUUGCACCCAUUAUGGAUCAAAUAUAGGCAGCCUUAACUUGCAUUUGCAAGAGACUGAUUCUAGAGUCAAACUUGUGACCCUUGAUUUCAUACUGAAACAAGGCUCUCCUAAAUCUGAGAUUAUAUUUACUCAAUUUUAUAGUAGUUUGAUCUUGGAUAUGGAUUAUUCAGUGAUUCUUUUUUGUUUUCUCUGAACUUGUCCCACAAUUUGUUAUCUGGAUAUUUAUUUUUGCUUCCAUGCCCUUUCUUCUCUCCUAAUUAAGCUGCAGCAUAAUUUCACGUUUGU